AUGGCGGAGGCGGAGAGGCAGCUGGUCGUUGUCGUCGAGGGGACGGCAGCCUUAGGGCCCUACUGGUCCACCAUUGUGACCGACUACGUCGAGAAGAUCACGCGGUACGGCGGCGCCCCUCUUCGCUCGGGUUUAGGUGGAUCGCUGAGGGUGAAAUUGGGUGCUGGGGUUUCGUGGAUGCUUAACUGCAAUCACGGUGAGAUUUAUGUGAGGGAGCUACGGACGGAGGACCCCGACCCCGACCAGCUUCUCCCCGUCCUCGUCCCCGCGCCGAACCCAACUCCGGCCAUAUCCGCCCCAUCCCCUUCCUCCCACUGCCAUCAACCACCAGAUCCGAAUCCCCUGCCGCCCGAUCUACACAUUGAUGGGUCUCACCCACCCCCACUCCCCCAGCCCACCAUUAACGCCGGUCGGCAGUCGCCAGCUCCGUCGCCGGUGUCCUCGCCUGAAGAUAAGGACAGCCAGAUUCCGGCAAGCCCCACAGAGAUAGACCAAGAGAUUCAGGAGCAAGCCUGGGCGUUGCUACCGGACCUGGCAAGAGAUUUGUGCAAGCUCAAGAAUCCGUGCUCAGGGACAGAGGCGUGCAGUCUUGACAUCAAUCCUCGAUCCGGCCUCACCGAGAAGACUGUCAAUGAAAGCGCUCAAGCAAAAACCAAGGAGCCCCAAGAAGGUACGGCUAUUGAUUCCGGGCUCCCCAUUUCCAGAACUCCAGAGACCCAAGAACGGAAACAAGCGCAGGGCACAGCGGGCAUUCAUGGCAGCCAGGAGACGGCCAGGGGCGAGCAGACCAUCUCUUCAACGGCGUUCUCGAAGCAAUCUCCCAACCCCCGCUCGGAACCUAGCGACAUUGAAGACAAUCUCCUCCGUUGCAGGUUCCCGGCGAGCCAAAAGGGGAAACAAGUGCUGGCCACGGAUGGCAUUCAUGGCGGCCAAACUACGGGCUCCGACAGGCAGCCUACUUCUUCAGCGUCCGCAGUGAAGACAGUUCCCAGCGGCCCUUCUGAUCCGUCAGGCACGCGUCUGCAGGCUCAUCAAUUCAACACAGUUAUCAGUGAGAAGGGAUGGGAGCCGGCCAAGUCCUACCGACGGAAGCGAACAGAUUCAAAUCCGGCGACCGCUCAAACCUCGAAUCCAACAAGAGACAGGUCUGUGGGCUCAGCAUUCGUCAAGAGCAAGAUGGAAGGCAGAUGCUUUAAUUGCUUUUCACCAAAACAUAUCGCGCGCCUCUGUACCUCUUCGCCGAGAUGCUGGAAAUGUUUCCAUUCAGGACACCGUGCGGAUGGUUGCAACCCCAACCGGCAAGUUCGACAUGUUAAAAGCCUUGUCCCCAGCGAGCGUAGCAGCCAUUCAAACACCACCAAGUUCAGCUUUCCUCCAGAAUACUAUAAGUCCGCCCGGUCAAGAAGGGAUGGCGGCUGCAAGGUGGUCAAGCACUUCCCUGAGCAGUACCUCGUCAUCUUCUUCGAUCCGGCGAUCAGGCGUCAUCUGGUGAACCUGGGAGUCCUGUCAGACAGGAGCAGGGACUUCCACUUCGUCGAGUGGAGCGAGCACCGCUACGCCAACAAUGUCAGCUGGGAGUACCGCGUCAAGGUACGCAUUGAGGGCAUCCCCGUGCACUGCUGGGCGGAGGAUGUCGCUGCCAAGGCGCUGGGCAAGAGUUGUGCAGUGCACUAUGUGGAGGAGACGACCCGGCGUAGAAAGCGCACCAGGUCCUUUGAUCUUUGGGCCUGGUGCUGCGAUCCCUGCGACAUCCCGACGGAGGUUUGCUCACGGGGACUGAGCCAGACAGGGAGCUGCCACCGACCACCAUCCCGCUCCCCUUGGCGCCGCCUCACCACGACGACCCGUCGACCUCAAGCGCGGCCAUGCGGCCCUCCGAACCGUAAGGCCCGCAGAGAGUUCAUCUGGAGCUACGGGGUGCUAGACACCGAGGGCGAGCACCACCACGACAGACGUGGCAACAACCGUGGCCGCGACCUCAGGUGCCAACCACGGAGGGAUGAUGACGACUAUGAUUACAGGCGCCACCAUGGCACUCGACGCCAUCGCAGCCUCUCAAGCUGGGCCAGGAACGCACGCUGCAGGGGUGGAGUUGAAGACUGCAUCAGUUCGAACAGAUGGCGUGGCCGCAGAGAGUCUCCCCCGCGCAGAAGCAGGGUGGCUCAAGAACACUAUAAGGCUCCAACUCAGGUAUGGAUGGUGAAGGCACGCAAAGUGAAGAAAGUCAAGAGGGUGUCCUUUGCAAAUCCAAUAGCAUCGGAGCUGAAGCCCCCCAAGAGGUCUAUUCCUGAUGAUAGCAUCAUGCUGAUUAAGGGUAACCCAUGCUCUGAAUUGCAAUACUGUUCUCCUGACCCUGUUGUCCCUGAAUCCAGCAUGCCUAACCCAUCCUUUCCAGUGGCUACAAACAACACCCUGGAGCACACCAAGACUCCGGGAAUGGGUGAAGUCAUCUUUGGAGCCAACAUCGUACACAACGACGACAUCAUUCCAAAUCGCAAAGACCUUUGGAGAAGGAGCAAGUGGUGCGACGUCAUCACCAACUCAUGCAUGGGUCUCAGUGGAUCACCUUCACGGCAUGGUGGUGAGCUCUCCCUCAGACAAACCGCCUUGAACUUACAGCUUCCUUGCAAGCACAAAGUAGUUUAG